UUCCCCAACGCAGCUACUUCGGGCCUCUAGAGCAUCCAACGGUCGAACUCAGCUGCCUUCUCCACCUGGUCGUUUUUCCACCGCCGAUCCGUUCCACCUCAGUGCAACCGCUCCAUUCCUCGGUUACCUGCCCGAGACUACCCUUCGCUCCAAUGUUUUCGUGUCAUGCAAACCUCCAGCAGCUGCACAAUCUGAGCUGCCUCACAGUCCCCGGACCCCCACAAGCAUCCCUGAGGCGAAAUCAGGCAGUCCAUGAGAAACUUGCUUCGUGCUCAACCGCUUCACUGACUGACACUGGUUUCAAGGCGAAUUCUGAGCUGCUUCAACGCCAUUUAGGAAGGUCCGCCUUCUUGCAAGCAAAGCGGCUUCCGCGCUUAGGUUCUCGUGGUCCGUCCGUCGUGUCCGUGCUGUCUGAAGAGUCCGAGCUUCUUUCGCUUGGCUCGACGUUACCGUUGAGAACGCGCAGCAUAGUGACGCUGUCGCCCGAUCAAGACCUGUUGGCCGUUGCGAUGGCGCCACCUGCUGGAGACGGUACGGAAGUGACGAUGGCGGCAGCAGGCGAAGCGCCCGAAGUCUACACAGUCGGGAGCUCGACGAAUAUUAAGUGGCACGAGACAAAAGUUGACAAGGAGGAGCGGCAACGGCUGCUAGGGCAGCGCGGGUGCGUGAUCUGGAUGACGGGGCUGAGCGGCGCGGGCAAGAGCACGCUGGCGUACACGCUGGAGCACGCGCUGAUGGAGCGACGCCGCAUGGCCGUGGUGCUCGACGGCGAUAACAUCCGCCACGGGCUCAAUAAGAACCUCGGAUUCAGUGCUGCGGAUAGAGAGGAGAACAUCAGGAGAGUAGCUGAGGUGGCAAAGCUGUUCGCUGACUCAGGGGUGAUCACCAUCGUCAGCUUCAUCUCGCCCUACAGCAAGGACCGGGCUGCGGCACGUGCGUUGCUGGAGCCCGGGACGUUCAUCGAGGUGUUUAUGAAGAUCCCCCUGGCCGUGUGCGAGCACCGCGACCCCAAGGGCCUCUACAAGAAGGCCAGGGCCGGCAUCAUUAAAGGCUUCACGGGCAUUGACGACCCUUAUGAGGAGCCCACAGCAGCGGAGGUGGUGAUGGAGGUGGCAGGGGAUGAGGGCGCCAUGCAGUCACCGGAAGCCAUGGCUGCGAGGCUUAUUCUGUACCUGGAGCACCACGGCUUCCUGCCCUCGUGUAGUGAUGCAGAAGACGUUGAUGCUGUUCAAUGCGGUGCUGCUACUAAUGAGGCAGCUAAUAAUGGUGCUGCUGCUAGCAACGGGGCGUUCUCUGCUGUGUAAAGAAUUGGUGUAUACAUUAUGGAGGUGAAAGGUAGGCAGAAUACGCUGGUUAUUUUGUGGAGAACUUUUAACCUGUUCUAGAUUUGUUAUGUAGCGAGACAUGUACAGUCUGUUCUAGUAGAUAUACUUGUUAACUUAAAACAUUUUAUUGCACACGACUUCU